AAGAGCAGCAGCACAGGAGCUGGACCAGAGACAAGCCCAGAACCGAGACCAGGACCAACAGGAGAUACCGGACCAGCAGACAGUAUGCAGUGUGUACGUUGUCCCACCAUCUUGGUUCUCGUGGUGUUUGUUCUGUGUGGUGUUUCCUCUCAGCCUGACAGAGACCAGGACCAGUACCAGAACCAGGACCUGGACCUGGAGCUACGUCAACACCAGCUGCUGCAAAGAGCUCGGAGUGCAGGGCUCCUUUCACAGGAGUGGAGUAAACGUGCGGUGGAGGACCUGCUGGCCCAGAUGUCUCUGCCGGAGGCCAACACCCAGCAUGAAGCUGAGAUUGUUUCCUUGGCAACAGGAGGCAGGAUGAACCUGGAGAGGUCCGUGGACCCCCCUAACAACAACUUGCCCCCCCGCGAACGCAAAGCUGGCUGCAAGAACUUCUACUGGAAAGGCUUCACUUCCUGUUGAAACCCCGCCCAGGUACCAGAAUACUAGUCUAAGCCCCGCCCACCUGACUUGUGCUCAGUUUCUCACCUCUCCACCUGUUGCUGUUUUUCCCCCCACCUGACCUCAUGCCUGCACACCUCCCAGUUCCUUUGGCCUUCACCUCAGCGACUGGACGGACCAAUCAGCAGCCGGCUGGCUGCAGCAUACCUGAAUAAUCAAUGUAAUUAUCAAUUAAAGA